AUGUCGGUGACCAUCUGCCAGUCCUUGGGCUUCGUGGUGUCCGCCCUGGGCAUCGGGGGCAUCAUUGCCUCCACGUGCAUGGACCAGUGGAGCACGCAGGACCUGUACAACAACCCGGUGACGGCCGUCUUCAACUACCAGGGCCUGUGGCGCACCUGCGUGCGGGAGAGCUCCGGCUUCACCGAGUGCCGCGCCUACUUCACCAUCCUGGGGCUGCCAGCGAUGUUCCAGGCUGUGAGGGCCCUCAUGAUCGUGGGGAUUGUCCUGGGAAUCCUCGGCCUCUUUGUGUGCAUUUUUGCUCUGAAAUGCAUCCGGAUUGGGAGCAUGGAGGACACUGCCAAAGCCAACAUGACCCUGACCUCUGGCAUCAUGUUCAUCAUUGCUGGCCUGUGUGCCAUCACCGGAGUGUCCGUGUUUGCCAACAUGCUGGUCACUAACUUCUGGAUGUCCACCACCAACAUGUACCAGGGAAUGGGAAUGGGAAUGCAGAACGUCCAGAACAGGUACACCUUUGGCUCAGCCCUCUUUGUCGGAUGGGUGGCAGGGGGCCUGGCCCUCGUGGGAGGCAUCAUGAUGUGCCUUGCUUGCAAAGGGCUCGUCCCAGAAGAAUCCCGCUACAAAGCCGUGUCCUACAACGCCUCUGGGAGGAACAUCUCCUACAGGACGGGGCCCUACAAGGCUGGCCCGGGCUAUGAAGCUGACCCAAAGGCCAGGAAGGGAUAUGAAGAAGCUCCUCGAAGUGAGGAUGGGAGACGCCCGUACCCUUCCAAGUACGACUACGUCUAG